AUGCCAGACCCAAACUCGGCGGACGCCGAUCUCCUCGCUCGCUUGCACGCGCUCAAGAAGUCCAGCGUCAGUCUCGAUACGACGUACAAUGCCUCCAUCGCUCCACGCCUUACCGAACAUCUCGCCCCACGCCCUACCGACCAUCUCGCCCCACGCCCUACCGACCGUCUCGCCCCACGCCCUACUGACCAUCUCGCCGAGCGGUUCGCACGCCUGGGCUCAGCGUCGCCUGCGAGCUCGCCGCGGCCGUCGCGAACAGCGUCCUCGAACAACGUCAUAGCUCCUGGAGCGCCGGGCUACUUGGAAGGUGUGGCGCAGGGUGUGGCCGGCAACACGGUCGAGUUCAACGACGAGGACGAGAAGAGUCUCGAAGAACUGCUCGGGGAGCUUAAUGGCGCUGUUGGUGAGAGGAAGGAAUGGGACAUGGAUCGGAAAGAGCAAGCGGAUGUUGGGAGGCUGCUCAAGGAUAUGAGGUCGAUGCUGCCGGAGCUGCAGAACAAUCGGCCGCAAGAUGGUCAGCCGCGCAAGAAAGUCGGUCGAGAAGGCAGUGGCGCGGGUCUAACGGACUGGGAGAGCGUCGAGUUCGAUGUCGGCAGUGGCUCGGACGCAAACAAGAAGCCCACCGAGGACGCAAACAAGAAGCCCACCGAGGACGCGAACAAGAAGCUCACCGAGGACGAAGAAGCAGACGACGUAAUAGCACGCAUCAUGGCCGAGCUCGAGAUCAGCAAGAAAUACGACCCGCCAUCCCCACCACCCCCAUACUCUGACCACGAACCAGCGCCAUCGACUCCCGAGAACCCAGGCCGAGACACCGCAGACGACGCCUCCCUCACCCUUCCCUCCGCGCCCACAACCCUCAAGCCCACAGACUCCCUCGACGAGACCCAAGCGCUCGAAGACGCCUUCACCGCCCGGCUCGCCGCGCUCGCACGCCCGCACACCGACGCCCUCGGCCUGCCCUCGGCACCCUCCUUCGCGCCCUCCCAGAAGCCGCUCAAGGUCCAGUCCAACCUGCAGAGCAAGCUGGACGAGGAGAUUGACACGUGGUGCAUCAUCUGCCAGGAUGACGCCACGCUGAAGUGUCUGGGCUGCGACGGCGACCUGUACUGCAGGACCUGCUGGGUCGAAGGGCAUACGGGGGAGAGCGCGGGGUUUGAGGAGCGUAGACACAGAGCCGUGGAGUUUGUCAAGGGCGGGGAUGGGAAGAAGAAUAGGGUGGCUGCUGCGGGAUGA